CGACAACCGAUUCGUCUACGCAAAGGGAGGUAACGUUGUUCCAGGAAGGACUGUUCGAGGAAAUUAUCUAGAUAGUUAUAGUAGAUACAAUAUACAGGAAAAUCCCUGCGAGUUUUCAAGUGGAAUUGACGACAAGCAUACUCGCAAAGCAUCAUCCUGAGAGUGAAUUAGAGAGGAUAACGAUUUGAUUUUCAUUGGAAACUUUAUUUGUGGACUUGAUGUUACAAGGAGCAGCUAGAAAUUGUGAUUUGCUUUGCCAGCACAGACAAAUAUAGACAGAAUUGUAAUACAUUGCGUACCGUCACACAUGCAAUACGGAACAAGGAUGUUAAAAAGAGACUGUGAUUAUUACUAUUACAAAUAAUAAGUGAAGUGGGAAAGCAGGAAUAAACUGCAUACAAAACAAAUAUAAAAUAGUUAGAAAAAUAGAAAUUUGAAAGUGGAUACUUGUGCAUCAUCCCACAAUAAUAAUUGGGCAAUAGGCAAUAAUAAUUAUUAUAUGUGUCAAAUAUGUGUCAAAAGAUAAAUUUAGUGAAUACAAGACAGUUGUUUAGAUGACAAUCACUUGAUGUUAAGCAGUGUAUCAACAAACUAGUGAAGAAAAUCUAAUCCCAGCUAUUUUAAUGAUAAACACAUUAAGACUUUGCAAGAUGACAAUAUUGAAUCCUUCUGUAAGUGGAUGCUGUCUGUUAGCAGUCAGUGUGUUGACAGUACUUGCGGGUCCAGUAACAUACCUAGACCAGGAAGAUCUGAGCGAUAGCCAUUUGGCACAUUUCACAUGCUGUAAUGAUAGUUGCCACGACAAAACAAAUUUUGUGAAUUACAACCGAUACCUUGUAGUGGCGCCAGAUGUCCUCUAUGUUGGAGCAAUGAACUACUUGUAUCAGUUGAAUAAAAAUGAUUUGACCUGUACAAAAAAUCGGUCAUUACCAGCAGACGAAGAAACUAAAAGACGGUGCAGACUGCAGGGCAAAACAGAUGUGCCUGACUGCCAGAACCACAUUCGAGUCAUCAUGGAGAAUAAUAAUCGUAGCCAGCUAUUUGUGUGUGGGACCGGGGCCUACUUUCCCACCAAAUAUUCCCUCAAUAGGAUCACCAUGCAGUUCAUGCAAAAUCAAGCAAAUUUAACAGACACGGAAAGUAGUGGUAGAGGAAAUGGCAUCUGCCCAUUUGAUCCAAAUGAUAAUGCAACAUCCUUGUACACAAAUACAGGAAACCUGGGAAAUGGGUCUGCAAUGUACUUCGGCACCUACUCCGACUUCCUGAAGAAUAAUCCGGUGUUCUUUCGACCAAAAUUUGUCGGGACAGACGGCAUUGAGCACACCGACAAGAGUACCGACCAAGAUGACUCCAAGUGGCUCAAUCUCCCCCAGUUCGCAGGCACAUUCGAUGAAGGGAACCAAGUUUUCACAUUUUUCAGAGAAAUUGCUCUGGAGUUCCCGGAUCCGUUAGUGAAAAAAACAUAUGCAAGAGUAGCCAAAGUGUGCAAGCAAGACCUUGGAGGUGGCUAUAUGAACAAGAAAAAAUGGCUGUCAUACCAGAAGGCAAGGCUUAAUUGCUCGCUGCCAGGCCGUGACCCAUACUACUUUGAUGAUCUCUAUGAUAUCUACAAAAGUGGAGACCAGUACUUUGGGCUGUUUUUCAAGCAUGGGGCUGACCUCAACUCCUCAGCCGUCUGUGUGUUCAGCAAGGCACGGAUAGAAGAGUCCUUCAAUGGCAAGUUCAAGUACAAGGAUGGUGAUAUGUGGAAGACAGUUCCUGACAACCUCAAUCCUAACCCAAGACUUGAUAAUUGUACAGCGCACGACACUAAUCCGGGCAUAUUUGAAAACCGUGUUUCGGAAUAUCAGCUAAUGGACAAGAACGUAGAUAUGGAAUACGAGGGACCAAUAUUCUAUAAGCGUGGUGUACAGUUCAUGAAGAUCGUUGUCGGGCCAGAGUUCAAUAAAAGUAGAAACAUCUAUUUGGCUUCAGAUAAGGGAAGUGUGCACGACAUUUUUAUGAAGACGUUUACCAGCGGCAAGCCAAAAUGUACAGAAAAUGCAGUGUACAGGCCUUUGAAGAAAGAUGCUCCUAUUUGGGACAUGAAACUUGAGAGUUCAACCCUGUACCUGGGCACCGAUCAUGAAGUGGUGAAAUUCGACUUGACAAAAACCUGCACAAAGAUGGUUCAUUGUGACGCCUGCGUCUAUAACACACUGUGUGCAUACUGCAACAAUACUUGCGAUGUCAGCUCAUGUACAGGCACUGGUAACCCUAGAGCAGACCACAAUGAUGUGCAUCAAACUGACAGCUUAGUGAAAAUUCUUUUGGAUAAAAAAAUUAUAAAUGGGAUUAAUGACAGUACAGAUCCCAUUACUCAGCCAGCUUUCGCGGGAGCCUACAGCACACUUCAGAUCAAGUCACAAAAUGUCCGCUUCACAGCUGUCACUUGGUUUAAAAAAGCAAGCGCAGCAAAUGGAAGGAAAAAGAGAAGCGUGGCAGAUGCGUACACUGUUGUUGAAGACCCAACUAGAACUGCCACAUCUGAAUCUGGCGAUUUAAUUAUUCGCAAUUUGAAAAUACAAGAUAGUGGUAUAUAUAUUGCAAGGAGCGCAGAUGAUGGGCGAAUACUGGAAAAGAUACUAUUGAACGUUCAAAAUUCAACAGGUAAUGAAAACAUGGUGGAAGUUUGGAAACAGGCCUUCAAUGAUUGGUCAUCAUCCUUCAGAAAGUGGCAGGACUGUUCUUCAAGUUAUUUUGAAACCUGUGAAGCCACACGGUCACCCUGAUGUGUGUUGUUUACCCUCUGAUGUCAGAUGUGGGAAUUAAAUGAAACUUUUUGGGAAGCUUCACUACCAACAGGAUAUGUGCAUAUUAUGAGCCGGUUAUGGUCGGAUGAUUUUUCACAGAGUUAUGACCCUUUGAAAUUUUCCAUUAACUGUACAUAUAGUGCAAUUCUUGUCCAGGCUUUUUCUCAGCAACUAAUGAACGGAAUUCAAUUAAACUUUAUGGGAAGCUUAACUACCUUGAGGAGAUGCGCAUGUUAUUUGUGGGUUCUGGUUAGAUGAUUUAUUUAGAGAGUUAUGGCCCUUUUAAAUUUUUAAGUUGCUAAACCAUCCAUCGUAUUAUUUUGUCCAAAUUUAUGCCCCUCAAGACGUUUCCUUUUAUCUGAAUAUAUAGCGCAAUAUUGUGACAAAAAAAAACUUUGGGGAGCAUCACCCGUCUCCGACGGUUUCUUGUGUAAAUAAACUUCCAUAAAACGGAAUACCAGUUAAUGUUUGUGACUGUGUUGUCUGUAUUUGUAACAAGUUUGCAAUUAUUUAUUAAAUUCAUCCUUAAUGUUUUAGUAAUUUGUUUAGUUACUAGUAUCUGAUUUUUAGCUUGGCUGUUUUCGGAGAAAACCCGAGUUAUUGUCAUAGCCAGCUCACCAUCCACCGUAGGCGUCGUGCUAAAACCUUAACAUAUGCUCUAAAGUCAAAGUGCUUCCCCUCAACUUUGAAACUUCAUGUGUAGAUGCACCAGGAUGAGUUCGACACGCCACACCCAUUUUUGGGUCACUAGGUCAAAGGACAAGGUCACUGUGACCUCUUAAAAAAAAAUUCUGACAAGCUUUCGCAGCCGAGUGUGGCACCCGUUAUGCAGUGCUCUUGUUAGUGUUAAAAUUCUUGCCCUGCUAUUUGAUAUUACGUGUAUUGUUUUUCCUGUUGAUUUUACAGUAAUAAAAAUUUCAUAAUAAAUGUAUUAGUCACUUUCAAUUUCACUUAGAAAAUUAUUCACACUGAUCAUUUAUUUAAGGGCACGUUAGCUUAGUUGGUAGAGCACUGGACUAAAAAUCUGAAAAUCAUCUUUAUAACACAAAAAAAUAUGAACAUAAGAAUUGUACACUUCAUUAUAAAAUGAGGCAUUUGUGGAAGAUUUUAUGGAAAAAAAAACAAUUAACCGCAGUGUUCCACAGUGGGUCAAUAUAUUUAGAUCGCAGCUGCUGCAGAGAACAAGGCACAGCUGUUGGGGGUACUUGAACCCCAGUGGCCGGAGGAACCUGGACUUCAGCAGUUGGAGAGACCUUGACCGAAUAUGGUGGUGGGACCAGUAGUCCAGUACAGCAGCCAUUUGGGAACACGACCGCAACCGCUAGGGUGACCUGGAUGGCAGCCAGUGCCUAGACCUGAUCUUGGCGGGUGGAGGGACCUGGAAAGCAGCAGGAGAGACUGGAAAAGCAGGGGCUGGAGUGACAUCUACCACUGAUGUUGCUUGUGUCCUUCUCUUCUUGAGGAUCUUGAAUGCGUAUUGAUCUGCAAAAGAUAAACAUGAUAUCACACACUAUCAAAAGGGCGAGGCAUUCUUCAUACUUGUUAAAUUGUAAGGUUUUUGUUUCACUUAACUGUGAAAUAUUGCUGUAAUGGUAAUCUUGUUGCGUAAUAAUUAAAAAUUUAAAUCAA